CAUCUAUGAAUCAAGAUAGUGGUUCAGAUGGCUCUGAAGUGGUUCCUGAUGGAGAAAAUACGAGCAGUAGGGAAAAUGCUGAUAUUUCUUCACAAAACUUUGCUCCAUCGUUGUCAAGAUUGCUUGAUGUUCUAGUCACCCUGGCUCAGACUGGUCCAGCUGAGCCAUCUGUAGGGAGGGCCUCACGGUCAUCCCAAACAAAGCCAACUGGGCAUAACAGAAGUCGAACUUCAUCUGUUGACAGCAUAUAUGACGAGACAUGGGAACAGGGAAGUGGUAAAGUUAAAGACCUGGAAGCUGUCCAAAUGCUGCAAGAUAUCUUCCUGAAGGCAGAGAAUAAGGAUCUUCAGGCAGAAGUAUUGAAUAGAAUGUUUAAGAUAUUCUCGAGCCACGUGGAAAACUACAGAUUGUGUCAGGAAUUAAGAACCGUUCCAUUACUUGUCCUCAACAUGGCUGGUUUUCCUUCCUCGCUGCAAGAUA